ACAGAACUUUACUUUCUCCUGUUUGGAAUACUUGUAUUCAUAAUUAGCACAUCCAAAAUAAAUAAAUUUUAAUCAAUUGCACGUUAAAUUUUAAAUUAAUUUGAUAAUCUCUCCCAGCGAUAGUUGGCUACCACCUCCGCAUCACUGAUUUAGUGCUGGAUAACGCCCGCUGAGCAUCAGGUGGCAACCGUGUAGUAUAUCAGCCUGUUUACACUGCCUGGCCAAGCAAAACAAUCCAACGAAAUUAACAAAAUCAGCACAAAGUUCAAUGUUUUUAGGCACCGCACACACCCCAAACCAUUGGCAAGAUAAAGCAUAGCGAUAAGUAUAGCUAAACACGUUUCGUCUUUGCUUUGCUUGCAUGUCCACCUCGCGAUGACCCCCAACGACAGGAACUAGAGAUACUUGUGCUGGCCACGACGACGACGCGAGAGAUGGCAGCGAUAAAGAACAUCACCCUGGGCAUUCUGUAUGGCCUGUGGGACAGCAUUCGGGGCAUGACUCUGGUCUUGCACAUCGACGACGAAGUGAAUCGCCAGAAUGCCGAGCUGGAGCAACGCCAGCUGCGACGCAAUGACAAAGAUCGGUAUGAGCGAGCGCGCAGAUCACCGUCACCAGUGCCUAGUUCGGCGGCGGCCAUGAUCCGUGAGGAGUAUGCCAAGCAGGCGGAGGAGAAUGCCGACGAGCGGAGUCUGCAGAAGAUGCUUAGCAAGAAGACUGCCGCCGCCAAGGAGGAGCAGCCGCAGGGCGAGAAGAAGAUCGCCAAGAAGCUGUUCAAGUGCUGCAUGCUUAACGGCGGCUUCACCUGGCUGAGCAUUGUCCUCUUCGAGUCGGCGCUACUGCCGACGCUCAAGUUCUGCCUCACCAUCUUCUAUGGCGCCCAGUCAGAGACAUUGCCCGUUGUCUGGGGAUGGCUGCAUCCGAUUCUGUCCCUGCUCUUCGGCAUGAUGUGGGUUCUGCCCAUCUUUAUGCUGUCCAAGAUUGUGAGCUCGCUGUGGUUUGCGGACAUCGCGAAUGCCGCCUAUCGCGUGCGAAAGGGCCGUCCGCAAUUGAUUCCGGGCAUCAGUAAGCUGGUGGCCGAUUUCCUCUUCAGCAUGGUGGUGCAGAUGCUGUUCCUGGUGCAGAGCAUGCUGGUCAACCUGGUGCCGGUGAAAUAUGUGGGCUCCACGCUCUGCUUUGUGCAUCUGUGCCUGCUCUAUUCGCUGUACUCCUUUGAGUAUAAGUGGUUCAAUAUGGGAUGGGAGCUCCAUCGACGGCUCACCUACAUCGAGAAAAACUGGCCGUACUUCUUCGGCUUUGGCAUACCGCUCACAGUGCUGACGAACCUGUCCAGCUCGGUGAUUGUCAGCAGCUGCAUCUUCUCCAUUUUCUUCCCCCUGUUCAUACUCAGCGGCAAUGAGGCGAAGCCCAUUGUGGACACCACUGAGAUUUCGCUGCGUCUCUUCUCGCCGGUGGUCUUCAUAUCGAACCUCUGCUUCGGCGGCAAUCCGUGGAGCAAGGCCAACCGGCUGAGUGCCAUGCAGCGUCAGCAGUUCGAGCUGCAGCAACGACAGCGUCUGCUCCAGCGCGAUGAGCAGCUGCUCAAACAGCGCAAGCAACAAUAUGUGCAGCAACAGCGUCUGCAGCAGGAGCAGCAGAUGCGCCGAGAACGCUCCCAUUCGCGGUCCCACACUCCGCAGCUGGGUGGGCAUCCACAUCGGUAUGCCCAGGCGCCCGUCUUUGAUGCCGGUCGGGUGCGCGACUCCUCUGCCUCGUCCACGCACAGCUCCACCUCGCCGAGCAUCAGCAGGCCGCCGCCUUAUUACGGGAGCACGUUGCGCGGAGCUGCGCCUCUCGUGCCCACACCAGUGCCCGGAGCACCAAAGGCGCCGCUUACCCCGCCCGUGAUACGCCAGGAGACGGGUCCUGAUGACUGGAACUUGUGAGAUUUAUGCAUAUACACUCUACGUAGGCUUUAGCAUUAUAUAUAUAUACAUUUAAUUCGAUCUGUGUAAUGUACGUAUCAUCUACUACUAUCUAACCAUCGUGAACUGUCGUAAGUUAAGUAAAAAAUCUAGGUCUUACGCAUAA